AUGGAGAAUAUGAAUACAUCUUUGGAUGAUAUUGAAAUUGAUCAAUUACAUGGCAAAGUUGCAGAAGAUAUAAAUGAAAACCAUGUUCAACCUAACUCAAUCCCUCCAUCAGUUGGAAUGGUUUUUGAAAGUGUUAAUCAAGCCAAGUCAUUUUAUAGACAAUAUGCAAUAUCAAAGGGCUUUGGAAUUCGAACAAGGAGUUCAAGGAAGAACAACAAAAACGAAUUAUUUUACUUCAUGAUGGUGUGUUCUAGGGCUGGAAAAUAUGUCGCAUCCAAUCAAAAUGAAAUGAUUGGACGUCCAACACUGGCUAAUGAUUGUGCAGCUCGAAUGAUUGUAUCAAAAAGAGAUGAGAAGUGGUACAUUUCAGCAUUUGAUGAUGUACAUACUCAUGAUCUUAGUCCAACAAAGUCAAGAUUGUUCCGAGGCAAUAAAAGGAUGAAUCUGAAUGUCAAGAGAACACUAGACUUAAAUGCAGAAGCAGGAGUUAGGAUUAACAAGAGUUUUCGAUCCUUGGUUUGUGCUACAGGAGGUUAUGAAAACAUGGAGUUUGUGGAACAAGAUAAUAGAAAUUAUGUUGCCAAACAGAGAAGAGCAUUAUCAAAAGAUGGUGAUGCCAAGGCACUCUUAAACCAUUUCUCUUCCAUGAGAGAAUUGAAUAAGGAUUUCUUUUUCAACAUUAAUGUUGAUGACGACAACCGCAUAUUGAAUGUAUUUUGGGCUGAUGCACGAAGUAGGGUAGCUUGUGAGUACUUUGGUGAUAUCAUAUCUUUUGACACAACAUACUUAACAAAUAAGUAUGACAUGCCGUUUGCUCCUUUCGUUGGCGUCAACCACCAUGGGCAAUCAAUAUUGUUAGGUUGUGGAUUGUUAUGUUCAGAGGACACAGAUUCAUUUGUUUGGCUAUUUAAUUCAUGGCUUGGGUGCAUGUCAAAUAGAGCGCCCCAAGGAAUUGUUACCGAUCAAUGCAAAGCAAUGAAGAAAGCAAUAGAAAUCGUGUUUCCAAACACUCGUCAUAGGUGGUGCUUGUGGCAUAUAAUGAAAAAAAUACCUGAGAAUUUACAAGGCUAUGCCGCUUACAAAGAUAUCAAGCGACAACUUAAGCAAGUUGUGUACAAUUCUGAUUCAGUUGACAACUUUGUUUAUGGUUGGGAAAGGAUGGUAACAAUAUUUUCACUACAAACAAACGAAUGA